UCGCACCUGUGCGCGCGUAUAAAAUGGUCCUAAAAUGUUCUUCCUUCAUUCAGCAGCCGCAGUUGUGUGCGGAAGAAGCUACAAGAGGACAAGUGUCCCAUCAAGCUUCCGAGAUGUUUGCCGCACUGCUGCUGAGUGCGGGGCUCGCCCUGGCAGUCUCAGCUGAGCCGAGCGUCACCACCUACAACGGGGGAAAGGUGCCCACGGCCGGAGAGCUCAUCUUCGAGGACAACUUCGACCAGCUGGACCUGGCCACCUGGCAGCAUGAGCUGACCCUCUGGGGCGGCGGUAACAACGAGUUCGAGGGAUACAACAACAACCGCACCAACAGCUACAUCCGCGACGGCGUCCUGUACCUGAGGCCCACCCUGACGGCCGAGCGCUACGGCGAGGACUACCUCUACUCGGGCACCCUCAACAUGCACGGUGGCGCGCCCUUCGACCAGUGCACCAACCCGCUCAACUACGGUUGCGAGCGUCAGGGCAGCUACGAGCACAUCCUGAACCCCAUCAUGUCGGCGGCUAUGCGCACGCCGCUCUCGUUCAGCUUCAAGUACGGCCGCGUGGAGGCGCGCGCCAAGAUGCCGGCCGGCGACUGGAUCUGGCCCGCCAUCUGGAUGAUGCCCGUGCGCGAGGUCUACGGCAACUGGCCCACCUCCGGAGAGAUCGACAUCGUCGAGAGCCGCGGCAACCGCGACCUGCUGCGCCCCUCCGACAACCUCCAGAUCGGCGUGAAGCAGGUCGCUUCCACCAUGCACUGGGGCGCCGACUUCCCGUCCAACCAGUGGCCGCGCACCCACUACGAGCUCAACGACGAGGCCGGCUUCGACGCCGACUUCCACGUGUACGGCGUGGAGUGGACGCCCGAGGGCAUCACCUUCAGCGUCGACGGCGCCGACAUCGGCAACGUCACUCCGCCGGAGGGCGGCUUCUGGGAGCUGGGCGAGUUCGAUCAGGACACCUGGAGGGACAACCCGUGGCAGGGACGCUCCAAGAUGGCGCCCUUCGACCAGGAGUUCUACCUGAAACUGAACGUGGCCGUCGGCGGCACGGGCGUGGCCGGCUCCGGCACCUUCUUCGAGGACUCCUACAUCAACGGCAACGGCGCCAAGCCGUGGAACAACACCUCGCCGACGGCGUACCGCGACUUCUGGGAGGGUCGCGACCAGUGGCUGCCCACCUGGACCGGCGACGACACCGCCAUGCAGGUGGAUUACAUUCGCGUCUAUGCUCUGUAAGGUCGCCUCAUGUGGCGAGCGUGGAACCGUUGAUACUCAGCUGGUAUACAAAUGAGUGGUAACGCUUAUCGUGUGCUCCUGCUGUCGACGGUCCUUACUGGAGCCCAUGUGACACAUUUGCGAAUGCGUUGAGUCUUGAGGGUUAAGUUUGUUUUAAUGAGGGCGUGUAGUGUCGCAGAACAUUGAUAAUUGUAAUUCAUAACAAUCUCGAAAUGGAUUUGCUACGCGUUACUGUGUUCGAAAAAUAAACACAAAUGAGUACUUA